UUCAUUCAUUUCUCCGCAAUGAGCGCGUCACGAUGACCUCCCCUGUUAAGUGGCCUGAUUAGCGGGAUUCAAAGCCCAAAGUUUAUUCGAGGUAUUCCCCUGGUUUGCAAGCCGUAUAAGGUACCCGGCUGUCUUUAUUCCCUGGUCGGACCAGAUUCACCCCGACCGCACCCCUCAUCCCUCUUACCUUCCCCAGACUCGCUACCUUCUGCAUGCAGCAGUGUCGGGGAUACCUCGGCCGAGAACCUUCUCCCCGGAGCUGACAUAUUAAAAACAUCUUCACAGGCACGAUAUAUCUUCCCCACAUUUCCCCAGAGAUCCCAAACCAAGCAUACUAUACACCCUAGACAGCUGUACAAAGAGAGAAAAUGGAAGAAUCAGAACCACAACCGACGGGAGAUCCUGACCGUCCUCAAGUCCCCGAUAAAACUCUUCAGCUUCAAGUCCUGCUCAUUCUCUGUCUGGGCAUCUACAUCGUCACAGCGAUCUGUCUACUCCUCAAGUCCUACUGCAUCGCAUACGGUACCCUCGACUUCACCUCCACACCUGCCACAACCCCGGACCAACCUCCCCCAUGGGACUCUUCCCAGCGCCUGAAAUCCCUCAAUCGCGUUGCGCCAUUAAAGCGCUACGACACGUGGCAUAGCUCGUCGCUUUAUAACGAGCGGAGUCCGUUACUAGCUGAUGAUGGGGAGCUUAGCAUCUGUGCAAUAUGCCUCGACCCGGUCCACCGCGAAGAUAUCAUCCACGCACUGGCCUGUAAACAUGUCUUCCAUGGGCGGUGUCUCGAAACUUGGUUCCUGGAGUAUCAUGAUGCGUGUCCGGUUUGUUGGAGGGUGUUUUUUGUUUGAGAAAAUCACCAAGUUCUAAUACUGUUUUCGAUCGUUCAAAGCUUAAGUAGGAAUGCGCGCAGUGUUAUCGGAGGGUGGUUAUCUGUAUAUCUUCUAGGACGGAACAACUGUCUGUCUUAUAUCAGCUUGAUAGUGUUCUUACUGUAGAACAGGUGAAAAUAAU